AUGCAGAACCCCAACGCGCCACCACCAGGUGGCAUGCCUCCUCCUGGAGCUAUUCCGGUGCCACCCAUGCCACCAGGAGUGCCUCCUCUACAACCUGGCGUGCCGCCCACCCCGGAGCAGAUGGCUGUCAUCAGGCAAUUCCAGCAGCAGAUGAACCAGAGAGUCGCCCAGGAAGCCGAGAAAGCCGGCCUGUCCGUUCCCGAGUUCGUCCAGCGCAUGCAGCAGCAGCAACAGGCAAUGCGAGCCCAGAUGCUCGCAAGACAGCAGCAGCAGCAGCAAGCAGGUGGACCGCAGCAGCAGGGCCAGCAGCAAGGUCAGGGACAGCCUCAGGGACAGCCCCAGGGCCCGCCUCAACAGAUGCAAGGUCGUCCCGCCGGCCAACCGCAGCCCAUCACCCCGGGGCCUCCCAACCCUGUCGCCAUCGCCAUGGCCAACUUCCUGCGCAGCCAGGACCUCAAGCUCCGUACUUGUAUUUUGAAUGGCGAGCGCAAGGACAUGUUCAGAGUGAAGAGAGCCCUUCGAGCGUUGCAGUCCCCAGCAUAUGAGAAGGCACGCAAGAAGAACCCUGCGCUACCCGAGAUCACCGACCGACCAUCUCUCGAGAAUGCCUUCAAGCUCCUGCCCAUGUCCAUGCUGGCCCUCCGAGUCGAGAAAUCCGAUCCCCACGCCGGUCACGCCCACCCUCCCAAGCGAACAAAGCGUGUCAAGGGUCUUUGGACAGUGCGCAUUGUGCCACAACAGGACGCUGGCGACGACAUGUACUACGUUUGGAUGUACGAGGGAAGUCAGAUCAAGCGCAAGGUCUAUGCCGCCCUUGCCCUCAUCGCCAUUUUCAUCAUUGUCCUCUACCCGCUGUGGCCACUCAAGAUGCGCCAAGGCGUUUACUAUCUGAGCUGGGGUUUCUUGUGUCUGCUGGGACUGUUCUUCCUCAUGGCCAUAUUCCGUGUCAUCCUCUUCUGCAUCACCUACUUUGUCGUCUCUCCUGGACUAUGGCUGUUUCCGAACCUAUGGGAGGACGUCUCGUUCGUCGAUUCAUUCAAACCCGUCUGGGCUUGGCACGAGACCGCGAAGAAGAAGAAGAGGACCAAGUCAUCUGUUAGUGGAGGUAGUGUGAACCCGCAGGCAUCGUCAUCUUUUGCUGCUGCCACCGGCCAGCCGAUGCCGGCCAGUGCGACAACGACCGCCACUGAGACCCAGAUCGAAACGGGAGGCGGCCAGCCACAGCAGAGAUCUUACGUGGCUCCACGGGUGGAAGAACUCGGAGAUGACGAGUAG